AUGUCUGAACUCAGCCAAAACUCUGACGAGGACAUGUGUCCUGAGGACAUUGAUGAAGAUGAAAUCCUGGCAAACCUGUCCCCCGAGGAGCUGAAGGAGCUGCAGUGUGAGAUGGAAGUCAUGGCCCCAGACCCCGAAGUCCCAACUGGGAUGAUACAGAGGGAUCAGACGGAGAAACCCCCCACGGGCAGCUUCGACCACAGGUCCCUGGUUGACUACCUGUACUGGCAGAAGGCAUCUAGACGCAUGCUCGAGGACGAGAGAGUUCCCGUCACCCUCUUGCCCUCUGAGAGAAGUGCUGCGGAGGAGACGGAAGGAGAGGCUGGCGGCAGCGGCGAGGCAGCCGGCCGGAGGGUGCCGGGAGCAGAGGAGAAAGAGAGACAUUACAAAAAUGAGCACUUGUCCAACUCAGGAACACAAUUUGGGGAGACAAACAAAGGUGGAAGCAAUAAAGGGAGAGAGGAGGAGGAUGAGGAAGAAGAAGAAGAGGAGGAAGAGGAAGAUGACGAAGAAGAGGAGGAAGAGGAAGAUGAGACUGAAUUGGAAACAAAGGAGACUUACACCAAUGAGAACCGUAUCAGCGAUCAGAUAGGUAAGAAACCAGGCACAGAAUCAAGAGAAAUCACACAAAAUCCAAAUGAAAAUGAAAAGAAGAUAUCGAAAUUAAACAUCCCCAAAAAGUUAGCACUGGAUACCAGCUUCAUGAAGCUAAGCGCCAGGCCUUCAGGAAAUCAAACUAACCUAGAAGAGAGUUUGGAGAAAGUCCGAAAAAACAACCCAGACGUGAAAGAGCUCAACCUGAACAACAUAGAGAACGUCCCCAAAGAAAUGCUGAUAGACUUUGUCAAUGCCAUGAAAAAGAAUAAGAACGUAAAAACGUUCAGCUUGGCCAACGUGGGGGCCGACGACAACGUGGCGUUCGCGCUGGCUAACAUGCUGCGGGAGAACAGGAGCAUCACCACGUUGAACAUCGAUUCCAACUUCAUCUCUGGCAAAGGGAUCGUUGCUAUCAUGAGAUGCCUGCAGUACAACGAGACGCUGACGGAGCUCCGCUUUCACAACCAGCGGAGCAUGCUGGGCCACCAGGCAGAAAUGGAGAUCGCCAGGCUGCUGAAAGCCAACGUCACCCUCCUUAAAAUGGGGUACCACUUCGAACUGCCGGGGCCCAGGAUGGUGGUGACCAACCUGCUCAGCAGAAACUUGGACAAGCAGAGGCAAAAGAGGCAAGAGGAGCAAAGGCAACAGCAAAUGAAAGAGCAGAGGGAGUUGAUAGCAAUGCUGGAAAAUGGACUUGGGUUGCCUCCCGGGAUGUGGGAAAUGCUGGGGGGACCGCUGCCCCAGCCGAGGAUGCACGAACUCCCGCAGGCCCCGAAACCACCCGUCCCCGCGGCUGUGUCUCUGAGCAAAAGGCAGGAGAGUGCGAGGCAGCCGCCCCCCGAGCAGCCGUGCAGAGAGAACCCCGUCAGCUUCCGAGUGGUCAAGCUGAAGAAGAUUCAGCGCAAACCCGCCGUGCCGGAGUACGUGGAACCCGCCGAGAAAACCAACCUCAAGGACGUCAUCAAAACGCUUAAACCAGUUCCCAGGAGAAGGCCACCUCCCCUCGUCGAAAUAACUCCGAGAGAUCAGCUACUAAACGACAUUCGUCAGAGUAACGUCGCUUAUCUUAAACCGGUGCCAUUGCCAAAGCAGCUGGAGUGA